UUCCCUACUCAUUCCCGGAUAUGAUCCCAACAAGCUAGCUAGCUAGCUACCUUUGUGCGUUCGUUCGUGUCUUGGAUAGUUCUACUCGACCUUCAGCGCAGUAUGAGAGUGCUUAUUGUGGCAGCCUUGCUCAUCGCUUUGAGCUCCGUCUCAGCGCAACAACUGAUCUGCUUCUGUGACAACAACCUUUCACUGUUACCGUGUGAACGCGAUGAUAACAAUACCUGUACGAUCAGUACUGGUCAAUGUGUGGCAGAGUUCACCAUGUCUGGGGAUGCAGUCAGUGAGAAUUAUGGUUGCUUUGAUUUGGAACAAUUGAAAGUAAUUGAUGUUUGCAGUGGAUUAUUCAAUAAUGAUUAUAAAAGAUAUAUGUGCUGUGAUGAUGAAAACGAAUGCAACCGACAGUUCAUCGAACAGAACCCCUUCACUACACCACCUCCAGUAACCACAGAAGGUGGCACAGAGGGCAGUAGUAUGGUGGUCCAAAUCGCAGUCCCCAUCUCAGUUGUCGGUCUACUUUUGGUUGUCAUAGUAACUAUCGUAAUUGCCGUAAUAAUCGUCCGUUGCCGUAAGAAACGUAUGGAACGAGCUCGUAGAGGAGACGAUGUCGACAAUGAAGUGUCAUGUGACCCGCAAGUUGCAUUCCCAUUGGACGAAUACACUGACCCCUCUGGUAGCGGAUUCGGUAUGCCACAUCUAGAGCAGCGAACAGUUGCUCGUAGCAUAAAACUUGGAGAAUUAAUCGGCACCGGACGAUACGGACAAGUGUUGCUAGGCGACUAUCAGGGGGAAAGAGUAGCUGUAAAAAAAUUCCUCUCAAUUGAUGGUCAAUCCUGGCAGAGGGAGACCGAGAUCUACACAACUACACUGCUUACUCACGACGCUAUUCUGAGGUUCAUCGGCUGUGAUAUGAUCUCAAAUAACGGAGCCACAGAACUCUGGCUGAUCACACAAUAUCAUCAUCACGGUUCUCUAUUCGAUUACCUCAACAAGAAAGAACUGACUGUGAAAGAUCUAAUGCUAAUGAUGACCUCCAUUUGCAGUGGACUUGCUCAUUUACAUACCGAGUUGUUUGGUACCAUCAAAAAAGGCGCCAUUGCCCAUCGCGAUAUUAAAACCAAGAAUAUUCUAGUCAAGAAUGAUCUACGGUGCUGUAUUGCAGACUUUGGUCUAGCUGUCCUUAAGGGGAAUGAUGAGAAAUUGAACCUUCCCAAAAAUCCCAAGCAAGGUACUAAGCGUUACAUGGCCCCGGAGAUAUUGGAUGAGUCUAUCAACGCGACUUAUUUCGAGUCCUUUCAGCACACGGAUAUCUACGCCCUGGGGCUGGUAUUCUGGGAAAUGUGCCGGAGAAUGAGUGGUUCUUCUGGUGGACCAGCGUUGGACUAUGAACCUCCAUUCUACAGACUAGUUCCACCAGACCCAAGCUUUGAUGAGAUGAAGAGAGUCGUGGUGAUAGAGAAGCGACAACCAUCCAUACCUCCUAGGUGGAGACAGGAUCAGCUUCUCAAGAAUCUCCUUACUCUGAUGCGUGAUUGCUGGAGCUACAAGAGUGACGGACGACCAAGUGCAGUCUACCUCAAGAAGAAGCUCAACAAGUUAUGCCAAGAAGACAAACUUGAUUACGAGAAAACCAUUGAAUAAGUACUGUACCCUGAACUCUCAUGAUCAAACAUUCAAUUUUCCUGCACUUUUUUUUAUUGUAGUGUCUAAGCAAUCUAUUAUAAUAAUUAUAUCCAGUACUGCAUUCAUUAUAAUUAUAUAAAAA